AUGUUCUCCGAAAAGAAUCUCCAGAAAGCACUCCAGGAGCGUAUCGCACGUGCCGCAUCACGUGGUUUCACACGUGAAUAUCAAAACGAGAAGGAAGAAGAGGAUAACACUAUCUGCUACCGUGAGCUAGCGCCUGCUACGCUAGGCAAAUACGGCUAUGCAGUUGGCAAUUGGGCUCUGCUUUCCCGUAACGAGUCCACAGAUUCGAAUUUUCCUAACUCGCCUGUCCUAACUCCCCAACUUUUGAAACUUUUCGCAGAGUUUUAUAUUGUAUCGCGCGAUAAAAUUCCGAAGCAAAAGACGGAGCGAGACACUUCUCGGCCCCUUUCCGAUAAGGUCAAGCGGGAUGUUCUUAACUCUAAAGAGCGGUUCCUGGUUAACGGAAAGGACAUAGAUUACCUGCUGCGACACCUGUUUGUAAAUGACUGUCACGAUUAUGUACACGAGAGAGUAAUCGUUUAUGGGGUCGCGGAUGGUGCCUUUAAAGGGCAUGCCUCUAUGAUAGAGGUUCUUGCCGCAAAACCACCUAAGGGAAGAGAGUCAUUGACCUUAGAGUGGAACGAAACCGUAAAGAAUCUCCUAUUCUUUAGAAUGGUCACUUCUAAAGGACCUAAGUCAAUAAAAGCAUUAACCUUCUCCUUAUUGCGGUAUAACUUCACUAGCUUAGCCUAG